AUGACACCCACAACGGGCCCCCCAGCAGGUGCUCCUGCUUCCUCCAGCGAAACAGCAGCAGCUACUGAAGCAACACAAGUACAGCAGCAGCAGCAGCAAACUGGGAAUCCUGCACAGCAGCCAAACCCACCAGGCACACCGGUGCAGCAGCACUCUGACCCAGGGGGAGGCCAAACGCCAGCUGCUGCUCCUGCUGCUGCGGCUCCUGUUGCCCCUGCAGCAGCAGCAGGAGCAUCAUCAGAAGCUGCAACAGCAACAACAGCAGCACCCUUGACAGCAGGAGCAGCAGGCGUCGCAGCAGGAGCAGCACCAGCAGAUGGUGCCGCCGUGACACCUGCAGCAGGAGUAUCAGGACCAGAAGGAGUCCCAGCAACAGGAACAGGAACAGGAACAGCAACAACAACCGCAACACCAGCAGCAGAAACAUCACCUGCAUCUGCAUCUGCUGCUGCACCAACAACACCAGGUGUACCUGCAGCAUCAGCAGGAGAAACUCCAGCAGCAGCAGUUGCUGUACCAUCAGAAACAGCAACAACACCAGCAGCAGCAACACCAGCAGCAACAGCAGCAACAGCCACACCAGCAACACCAGCACCUGCAACACCAGCAGCAGCAGCAGCAGCAGCAGCAGGAGUUGCUGCUGCUGUUGCAGAGGCGAGUAUGGUGUCAGUGAAUAUUCCUCCAUUAAAUAGCAACGUGCAUGCAUUUAAUUGUAUAUGUGGUGAAUUAUAUUUAACAGAAGAAGAAUAUAAAAGAAUAGAAGAAGUAUUGAAUAAAAUAGGGAAUAAUAAUUCAUCAGGUUGUGGUGUAUGGAGACUGGUGGAGGUACACCCGGAGGGAGGAGGUGCAGCAGGAGGUGGCGGCAGCAGCAGCAGCAAAAAAUCAAAGAAAGGAGGAUCUAAGAGAGGUUCAGGUGUAUCUACAGUAUCAAUGGCAGCAAGUGAUAGACAACAGAGACGUCAAUCCUUAGCUAAUUAUUCAUCGCUCCCCCCUAAUGCAGCAGCAGGAGCAGCAGCAGCAGCAGCAGCACCAAUGCCGGAUCUGCCAAAGACUCGAUCAUCCCGUCGUCUCGGUACAGCAUCCUCCUCUUCCCCUUCUUCCUCUUCUUCUUCCUCUUCCUCUUCCUCUUCCUCUUCGUCCUCUUCCUCAUCAAUAGCAGGAGCAGGAGGAACAGGAGGAGGAGUAGGUGUUAUAGGUAUAGGAGGAGGUGUUACAACCCCACCAUUAGAUGGUGAUGAUUGGCAAGAACGCAUGCAGCGUAUAUUAUUAGAAUUAUGUCGUCAACCUGUAUGUUUACCAUUUUUACCUCGUGUAUCCCCGUCUGAUGGUCAUUAUAACGAAUUAGCAAGAAAAGUAUAUCCAGCUAUUCCUUUAAGCUUAGAGACUGUAUUAGAUAGACUAGAAAAAGGAGGUUAUUAUAAUAAUUCUAUUGAUGUAUUUAAUGAUAUUUAUACUGUAUUCUUAUGUGCAUUUCGUUACUAUGAACCUGGACAUCAAUACUGGAUGAUGGCUCAUGAGGCUGCAUUAGCAUUUACUCAAUUAACUCUUGGAGAACCUCUUCUUAAUAAUAAUAAUAAUAAUAAUAAUAAUAAUAAUAAUAAUAAUAAUAAUAAUAAUAAUAGCAGCAGCAGCAGCAGCAGCAGUAUUCAGGAUACUGCUGGUGGUGGUGGUGGUGGGGGUGGGAGAGGAGGAGGAGCAGGAGGAGGAGGAGGGGCAGGAAAUGAUGAAAAAUGGGAACUUGCUUCUGCUAAAAGUACUAAUAGAAAUUAUAAUAAAAAUAAAAAUAAAAAUAAAAAUACUGAAGCAAGCCGUCAGCGUUCUCGUGGAGGAGCAAAGGGAUAUGCGCCUAUGGAGGCAGCAGCAGAUACUCCCGUCACGGUAGAGGAAAGACAAACCUUCCAAGAACUACUUGCACAAUUAAGUAUGGAUGCACACUUUCAGUUAUAUAACACAUUUAAGGAUCGGGCUACUUGGGUUUCUUUUGAUACGGGAGAAGUUGAACUUGAUGAUGGAGCCACUAUGCCCUACGUAUUCAGGGAAAUGGUCCAAUGGUGCAGAGCACAGGUCCUUCAGCUGCAGCAACAAGGCGGCAGCAAUGCGCAUGCAGGAGCUGCUGCUGCUGGGACUCCACAAAUGCAGCAGCAGCCUGCAGCAGCAGCAGCAGAUGCAUCGAUCUAA